CCUGCACCGAACUCCAUAGAGAAAAUGAGCGUUUUUUGCGUCAUGGCACACAGAUGUUGCUCAGCCACUGCUGCCUUCAUCAGUAAGUUCAAAUGUGGGGGGGUUUUUUUUAUGUCUUUUGGUGGUUGGUGCUAAAAACAUGGAUUUUCUCUAUGGACUUUGGUGCAGGAGAGUGUAGCUGUUCUCAAACUUCAAUUUCCUGACCAAAAAAGUCUUUCAGUCUUUUGAUAAGUUGCUGAAUUGAGGUUAUCCUCUCAAGCUGUGUAAUUGUGAAAUCAGUCCUGAACAAUCCCUUUUAAUAUUGAUCACAAUAACUUCUUCUUUUGUCGUUUUGAUGGUUUCCUCCAUGUUUCCUUUUGUCGUUUUGUUGGUUUCCUCCUUUGAAGGCAGCCUAUGACCAAGAGGAAAGGAAUUGGGCUUGUAACUUGAAGGUCGCUGGUUUAAUCCUGGGAUAUGCCCCCUGAGCAAGGCAUCUCCCCAGGCGCAGAUAAGUGCUGCCCCCUGCUCCUGCAUCCGGCUUGUGUGUGAUAAGGAUGGGAUAAGUGCAGAGCGGCCAAAUUCAUUAUCACUUACUGGUCAACGGUGAAACCAAACUGCACACCUGUUUCUCGUUAUUUGUCAGUGGACAAUGAGAAGCCUUUUUGAAAGAGCAGUUAAUUACGUCCAUUGAUGCAAAUGUCCUUCUGUUCCACGCUUGAAGUGACUCGGUGACAGUUUAAAAAGAGUCUUGUCGCGGGAGUCGGUCGCAUGCACACACUGGACUGCGGACGGACCAUGUUGGGGCUGACGGUCGUGGCUUCUCUUGCCUUUAUUGCAACAGCAGCAGGCGUCUCCAGCAGUCAAUCUACAGACUGCUCAUACUUGAGCCUCCUCAAUCAUUUGACCCUGACGUCGAGUGAUGAAGCCCUAUCGCUGACGAGACCCGUGAAGAACUGGACAACGCCGACCGCCGUUAUGCUCGAUUUGGUCUUGUUAGGUAUCUUGCAACUGGAUGAGAAGUCUCAGACUGUCACCAGCCACGCCUGGAUCCAGACGUCUUGGAACAAUGAAUACAUGAGAUGGAAUUCAUCAGACUUUUGUGGGAUAAACAUGCUGACCAUCCCAAAAUCGAAGUUCUGGGUCCCGGAUAUCUUCAUCCAAGAGGAUGUCUCGGACAGUGGGAGCGUCGAGCAGUCUCCACUGGUCAGUUUGUACUCCACUGGUUGGGUGUUGGCAAAGGCUCGCCAUCGGCUCACCUUCACCUGUCAGCUCGACCUCUUCCUGUUCCCCUUUGACGUGCAGACCUGCAACAUCACAUUUUCAUCCAUGCACCACACUGGUGAUGUUCUCCAGUUGGGAUCGCUGAAUAACGCUGCUGUACUUUCGACUCUCUCUGAGACGUUAAUGGUCACAGAGGGAGAAUGGGAACUUGACAAUUUGACCAUUAUUCACAUCCCUUAUACGUCCAUAGUAACAGACGGAAACAGGCUUUUGUACGUGGUCAGACUAACGAGGAAGCCAAUGCUCUACGUGAUUAAUUUAAUCGUGCCCCUGUUAUACUUCCUGAUCCUGGAUCUGGCCUCCUUCUUCAUCAGAGGGGAGAAGUUGAACUUCAAAGUGACCGUCCUCCUCUCCAUCUCUGUCCUGCUGCUCAUUCUUCAGGACAUGUUGCCGUCCACUGACAGAAGGAUGUUGCUGAUGGCCAACCUGUGUGUCGUGGUCUUCUCCCUGGUGGGAAUGAGCAUCCUGGAGACCAUGCUGGUGGAAUUCCUAAUGGCGCUUGAUGAUUGCUAUCCUCAGAAGGACCAAAGCUCCGUUAGCACCAACGUGAAGGCUCUGCAGGAAGUCGCCUCCCACACUGAGCCUGCAGGAGCUGAAGAGAAAGGCCAAGUGGAUCCGGUGAUGAGUCCCAAAGACCAGGACCUGCUGAAGCUCAUUCUGGAGGAGGUGAAGGCUGCUCACCAGAAAAUGGAAAGACCCGGCAAAGAGGAGAGAAAACCUGGACGCUACACGAGGCUGGCCAUUGUCAUAAACUCUGUCUACUUUUCCCUCUACUUUAUUGCUGUUGUCAUUUAUUUAGUGUGCAUGUAUUUGGCGUGGGUUGACGGCAUUGAAUUUGCGGGAUUUUAAAAAUGGGCUGUUAUAACACCUGCAUUUACGUGGACCCUUGUUUCAUCUCUGUAUCGAAACGUUACCUUUCAUUGAUCUGUAUGUGGGUUACCGCGGCAACCAUGAUCAUCUGUUGAUGUUGUCAAGCACUUUGUGGUACGAAUUAUGAAAACAAACAUUAUUAUUAUGAAGUGUCAGCGUUGUGUCAGGUUUCCUUGUCCCUUGCCUUCUGCCUCAGUAUGUGUGUGUGUGUACAGAUGACCUAUUAA